UUUGCAGUUUGUUCCUAGCAUUCGUUCAGGUAGUUUUGCAGAUAUUGGUCCACGGAGGUUCAUGGAAGAUGAGCAUAUAAGGAUAGAUGAUCUUUCCGAACAUCUAGGCUCCCUAGUCAGGUUUCCUCAGCCUUGUGCCUUCUAUGGGGUAUUUGAUGGUCAUGGAGGACCUGAGGCAGCAGCUUAUGUGAGAAAACAUGUCCUCAGACUCCUUUUUGAGGACGCCAAUUUCCCUCAGACAUCAGAAGUUGAUGACGCAUUUUUAAAAGAGGUGGAAAACUCUCUAAGAGAAGGGUUUCUUCUUGCUGACCUUGCUUUGGCUGAUGAGUGUAAUGUGUGUAGUUCCUCUGGAACUACUGCAUUGACAGCUCUGGUAUUGGGAAGGCUUCUAAUGGUGGCAAAUGUGGGAGACUGCCGAGCAGUUCUUUGCCAUAAGGGAGAGGCGAUUAAUAUGUCUCAAGACCAUAGACCGAAUUAUGCAUCGGAGAGAAGGCGUGUCGAAGAGUUGGGCGGAUUUAUUGACGAUGGCUAUCUCAAUGGUGUCCUAUCAGUGACUAGGGCCUUAGGGGACUGGGACAUGAAGCUGCCUCGUGGCUCUGCCUCUCCUCUGAUAGCAGAGCCUGAAUUCCGACAGAUUAUCUUGAGCGAGGAUGAUGAAUUCCUUAUAAUUGGUUGUGAUGGGAUCUGGGAUGUUAUGUCAAGUCAACAAGCGGUUAAUCUGGUACGUCGUGGUCUGAGACGGCAUGAUGAUCCUGAACAGUGUGCCAAGGAUCUUGUCAUGGAGGCCCUGCGGCUCAAUACUUUCGACAAUCUUACUGUGGUAAUUGUUUGCUUUACUUCCGUUGAUCAUUCUGAACCAUCACAGUCACGACAGAGGCGAUUAAGAUGCUGCAGCUUCUCUGCAGAAGCCUUGUGCAGCUUACAGAGUUGGUUGGACAACAGUGGAAGCCGUUGAGUUAAGAUGAUUCUGCAGGGAUAAAAGCCAACCUUUGUGGAUGUUUUUCCUUUCUUCCAUCUGUUUUUGGGUGGGUUUUCUGUACAUAUAAUUGGUUGGCAAAGAGAAUGGGCUCGGUUUGGUGCUCUUUGUUGUAUGGAACAUGUAUCUCAUUUUAUUAGCUGUAUAUAACAACUAAUUUUCAAUUCGUAAAAUUCACCAUUGAAGCAUUUAA